UUUUAUCGGUCAGUUGCCGGCCGGUAAGUGCUGAAGUGCUAACGUAUCUAUAGCAGUGAUUUUUUACAGCAUAAAAAAUGCUAAGAACCCUCAGUAAAAUUGUGCAGACGCAGAAAGCGACGUUUGCGUCGGCCGCUGCUGCCGCGCCGGCUCCCCAGACCAAUCCCGACAUAUUGUACACCGGGCUGUUCAUCAACAAUGAGUGGGUGAAGUCUUCUGACGGGAAGACCUUCAAUUCUGAGAACCCUGCAACGGGUCAAGUCAUCGCUGAGGUGCAACAAGCAGGCAAAACUGAUGUGGAUAUUGCUGUUAAAGCUGCCAGAGAUGCUUUCAAAAUUGGUUCACCAUGGAGGAAGAUGGACCCUUCGGACCGCGGCCGCCUCAUCAACAAAUUGGCUGACCUUAUUGAACGCGACAGGGCAUACUUGGCGAGUCUGGAAACCCUGGAUAACGGCAAGCCGUACCUAGCAGCGUACUAUGGCGACGUGGCCGGCGUGGUCAAGAACCUGCGCUACUACGCCGGCUGGGCCGACAAGAACCACGGCAAGACGCUGCCCAUCGACGGGAAGUACUUCGCCUACACCAGGCACGAGCCUGUCGGAGUGUGUGGUCAGAUAAUCCCGUGGAACUUCCCGCUGCUGAUGGCGGCGUGGAAGCUGGGACCGGCGCUCGCCACCGGCUGCACGCUCGUGCUCAAGCCGGCCGAGCAGACGCCGCUCACUGCGCUGUACGUCGCUCAGCUCAUCAAGGAAGCAGGAUUCCCGGCAGGCGUGGUGAACGUGCUACCUGGCUUCGGAGACACGGGGGCCGCUCUAGUAGACCACCCGGACAUUGACAAGAUUGCUUUCACUGGUUCAACCGAUGUGGGUAAACUGAUCCAGCGCGGCUGCGCGGGCUCGGUCAAGCGCCUGACGUUAGAGCUGGGAGGGAAGUCGCCCAACAUCGUGUUCGGCGACGUCGACCUCGAGUACGCGGUGGAACAGUCCCACAUGGCGCUCUUCUAUAACAUGGGCCAGUGUUGCUGUGCAGGGUCGCGCACGUUCGUAGAGGACAAGAUCUACGACAAGUUUGUAGAGAUGUCCGCGGAGCGCGCCAAGCGGCGCGUCGUCGGUAACCCCUUCGACCCUAAGACUGAACAGGGACCUCAAAUCGACAGCGAGCAGCACACAAAGAUCCUGGGGCUGAUCGAGAGCGGCAAGCAGCAGGGGGCCCGGCUGGUGGCGGGCGGCGGCCGCGCGGGCGACGCCGGAUACUACGUGCAGCCCACCGUGUUCACCGACGUCAAGGACCACAUGGACAUCGCUAAGACUGAGAUCUUCGGGCCGGUACAGCAGAUCAUCAAGUUCUCCCAGAUGGACGAGGUGGUGGAGCGCGCCAACAACUCUGACUAUGGACUCGCCGCCGCCAUCUUUACCAAGGACCUUGACAAGGCCAACUACCUUAUUCAGGCUCUCCGCGCAGGCACGGUGUGGGUGAACGACUACAACGUGUUCGGCGCGCAGGUGCCGUUCGGGGGCUACAAGCAAUCCGGCAUCGGCCGCGAGAACGGACCGUACGGCAUCCACAACUACACCGAGGUCAAGGCCGUUGUUGUCAAACUCACGGACAAAAUGUCCUAGGACGGGAGAAUAUACAGGGGUGCUAGCGACACAGUACCGAAUACUGAGCGGUUGAUGGAUAAUUGAGCUAAUUUUCCGUCGCAAAAUUAUGGAACUGAACGGAAAAAAUACUUAAAAAAUCUUUCAUUAAUUUAAGAAAUUCCAUUUGAUAUUAAUGAUAUUCAGAGUCACGGUCUGAAUUAUUCACAAAAACACACAAAGAACAGCGCAAAUGCACAGGAAACUAUUCGCAUGGCAAUCACUCCGCGGUAUACACAUUAACGUAAUAAUGUUCCAGGUUCGUUAGUGUUCUAAAAUGCCGACUUACGCCAUAAUUAUGUGUAGAAAUGACGACAUCGGUUUCAAUACAAACGACGUUUCAUAAUAUUUCUCCUUUAUUUUCUGUUCUGAGGAAUCAUACCUCUCAGUUUUCGGCACGGUGUCACUAACACCCAUACGUACUGUAUCCAUAACGUGGAGUCAUAGCGCGCACCGUGAUUAAUAAACCAACGCUAUUGGCUACGCGACAAAACAAUUCUAUUGGCCCAUUUACCGCGUCAGACGCGUACGGCAUUUACGGCUAACUAUAGUUAUAAAAGUGAAUUACAAUCAAAAUAAAUGUCCAAAGAUCAGUUCGCUGGCGAAGUAGUAAGCCAUCCGAGGCAAGAAUUGAGUGUGCGUCAAGCUAGCGGCCUCAAAAAAAAAAUGGGCACGAAAAAAUAAUUUGACCAUACCAAAAAAUAGUACUCUUAUUGAAAAAAAUAGUACCUCUUGUAAAAAAAUUAGUACCAUCACGGUUCUGGAUUUAUAGCCAUGUUUUAUUGCACUUGCUAGCUUGACGGUGAGCGAAAUUUGGCGAGAGUUAACGACAAGGUCUUUCGCUUUGAUUUAAACGCCAAAAAAUAGUAUCGAAAUAGUACUCACCCCCUGCAAAAUACCGAAAGUAGUACUUCAACGGUUCCAAAGUUAUAAAGGUAGUUCUUUGAUCCCGCUAGCUUGACGUUUUGAAAAUACCUAUUAUCUGGGGAAUGCUUGCAUACUUCAGUUUGUAACUGAUGUCAAUAAACUCGUAUGAAAUAGUACUCCCUACCAUCAUAAUUUGGACCUGAUUCUCUUUGUAGAAAUAUGUCAAAAAGUCAUUAUAACCUAUGUCAUACAUUUAUCAAGACGAGUACAGUCGCGAACAAAAUUAUUACACAUGGUCAAGAACAAAGACCUUGUAUAGAAUAGACGGAGCAUAUUUAAGACGAAAGAAAAACAUAGGUUUUGUCUUUCGCACUCAUGUGAGCCGUCAUAAGUUAAAAAGAGAUAAAUAUACUAUCGUCGUAACGUCUUUUGUACUCGUGUAACGGGUUUGUUAUAGAAACGUACCUAUAGUAUAUGUUUUUGUAUCAGAACCACUAGUGCCGUUCCAUGUCUUUAUCGACAUUAUUAUUGGCUAAAUAUUUCAUGUUAGUCCAAGAUCUAAAAAAAUAUACAUUACAAAUUGAAUGAUUAAUUAAAUACAGAAAUAACGACCUAGUAUCCAUACCUGGGUGGGUAGAACCACAAGUAAAUUAGUUAAAACGAUACCUAUUUGUACCCUGAUAGAAAGAUACCUAAGAAGAACCGUACGUUGCGGUGACAGAUUCAGAACCACUUAUUCAUCGUAAUUAUCAUGGACAAACUUGUUAAAGGUCAAUUUAUCAUUUUUUAAUCUAUGUCAUUUCGCAAGGUGUUAUGGCCGAGGAGGUCGAGGACGGUCCAUCUAGUCCACAUAUACUAUAGUAUCAUUUUAAUACGACAUUGCGGCCACCCUUUGGUUGCUAUAAAUCACAUACCUACCCUUUUAUAAAAAUUAAAUACACGUUUUUCAUUGACUUGACCGGAAAUCGAAUCGGCUCUCGAUACAAGAAGUAGACGACCUUCUAGUAUAUUUCGGGGAUUAUCUCAAUGCGAUUAAAGAAUAAAAGCAAAUACUUCUUUAUAAGAUUUUUAUUCAAUAUAGUUAGAAUACAAUGACUACGAAGCACUGAACAAUUCCGACUUUUGGUGAUAAAAAAAAAUAUUUCCUCUUGUUCACUUUCUUUAGAAGUGUAUAGUGUCGGCUCUGGUCGUUAUAACUUUACCUGCAAGAAUGGCACAUAUUAACGUGGAGCACACAAAUACACAAGCAUUGCAUGUUUACACAUUGCACAUAGAAGGAAUAAUCACAGGUAAUUACCAAAAUAGUUAUUCAUACUAAUUAUUUUGUGCAAUAGAGAAUAUUUGUAUUGUAUUGAAAUAUUUUUUCCAUGCUAAUGUAGAAUACAAAAACGAAAUAGCUGCAAAUUUAUCUAUAAACUUAUAACUAAACUUAAACUCACCUUAUGUGAGAUAUGUGAGUGAAUAUUGUUGGUACUGCAUCUCUAUGUAAUAUUUUUGUUUGGUAUCCUGCUCGAUAGAAAGCAAGAUACAUCGAAAUGUAAUUAGCACAGGCUUAAAUAAGGAGAAGGCGUCCUUCAGAAAAGAGAAUUAUCUCGUUUCAUGGUCUGAAUCUAAUUGUUUCUUAAUUUCUUGUUUCGUAAAUUAGGAAAUCUGGAAAAUACAAUAUCUUUAUGUAAUCUUCAUCCAAAUCGGAAACAGGUCGAAAAAUAAAUUAAACGUGAAUAGAAUAACGCAACAUGUAGAUGUUACAUUCAAACAUAAUAUUAUGUUAUCGAUAUCAAAGGACAACACUACUUAUAAUACUUUGGGUACAUAAUCUGUCAAAGCUGAUUAACGUAAAAUGUGAAAUCAAUUAUUUGUACAAAUGUGACGGCUUUGCUGAAAAUAUGCGUCUGCAUCGUGUUUAGGGCUCAAUAAACUUUACAAAAACCAGACCAGGUAAUGUAUUUCUUGCACACAAACAUGUAUUAUGUGGUCGAUAACUUACCCAUGGUGAGACAUUGUUUGAUCGUUCUCCAUUAUAACACCCAUUCUACUCUCACAACCAAUAGCUACGCAAGCCAUGGUUCAUAAUGAAUAACUAUUUCACAGAUUGUUUAUAUAAAAAGUUAAAAUAAUGUCCCAAAACACCAAAAAACUAACGGCAGGUUUGGUAUCCAGCUGACUACCACAACAUCUCAAAACGGUAAACACUGACGUUCUAGACAGCGGUGUUUGUCUAUGUUUGUUUCUUUUUUCCACAGAGAUUGUUGCCAUAGGGAAGAAAGAGAGCUGUGAUAGUUUGAUCGUCACUCUAAAAUAUUAUCCGUCUAUUCUAUACAAGGUCUUUGGUCAAGAAUGUUGUCAGAUUUCAGUAUUUUUCCCCAUUUUUGGGUAAAAAUUGGUGAAGUGCCAGGGUUGUUAGAUGAAAGUAAUAUCAUUGUUGAAACUCUUUGAGUUAUUCUACAAAUACUGCAAAUUGUUUAUUAACAAACACUUCGAUCCGUAACAAAUUCAACAUGAAGGUAUAAAUUAUAAAAUAAAACAGCAGAUUAAAAUCACAGAUUGUUUUCGAUAAGAACUAGACCCAUGCAGCCAUUUUCUAUUAAAAUUAGUGCAUAUGGGUGUAUGCAAUAGGAAUUUUUUGUAAUAGCAGCACUGAAGUGCAAAGAAAUGGUAGGGUAGACCUCCAAAAUGGCAAUACUUACGAAUAAAUUGUGAGGUUAUGUAAUUGUCUACGUGACUGUAUCAACAACAAAUGUAUGGCAUAGGUUAUGAUGAUUUUUUAACAUUUCUACAAAGAGAAUCGGAUCAAAAUUAUGAUGGUAGGGAGUACUAUUUCAUACGAGUUUAUUGACAUUAGUUACAUACUGAAGUUUGCAAGCGUUCCCCAGAUAAUAGGUAUUUUCAAAACGUCAAGCUAGCGGGAUCAAAGAACUGCCUUUAUAACUUUGGAACCGUUGAAGUACUACUUUCGGUAUUUUGCAGGGGGUGAGUACUAUUUCGGUACUAUUUUUUGGCGUUUAAAUCAAAGCGAAAGACCUUGUCGUUAACUCUCGCCAAAUUUCGCUCACCGUCAAGCUAGCAAGUGCAAUAAAGCAUGGCUAUAAAUCCAGAACCGUGAUGGUACUAAUUUUUUUACAACAGGUACUAUUUUUUUCAAUAAGAGUACUAUUUUUUGGUAUGGUCAAAUUAUUUUUUCGUGCCCAUUUUUUUUUGAGGCCGCUAGCUUGACGCACACAGAAUUGAAACCAAUUCCGCGCGGGCGCUCUUGCCCUUAUACAAACAUUUAAUUUCUUCUAUUUUUCUGCCUAUUCCGAUAGGAACUAUAGAUGCUAGUUAUAUAAUUGGAUAGUUUCCUAGGUCAAAUAUAAAUUAUGAAAUUGUGAUUACUAAAUAAAGACAUCUUAAACUGGCGAAAAACGUUUUCGUUUCUCUAUUUAACUUAUUAAGGAAUUUUAUUAAAGAAAAUUGUAAUAAUACGUGCGUCAAUUUGUCAAGGUUUUCUAUGACGUCACAGGUUGCUUUUGCAUACAAAUUCCAUGGGAAUUUCGUGUUUUGGCAUUUAGUAAAAAAAUAACUGAUUUGACCAGUUUGAAACUACCCUAAUAUGUACGGUUAACCAUACAAUUAUGUUUUACAAAAUAUAGUUAUCACUAGAUGGUGCUGGUAAUAGUACUGCUACUAUUUUCUAUGUAAUAUAAUUACGUGUAACGAAAGUUUCACAUUUUUAAGUAUAACUUAAUUAAACACCAUGUCUUCCAGUAAGGGACGCACAAAGUUUUAAUUAUGAAUUUAGUAUUUACGUAUUGUAGAGGCUAAAACUUAAUGCAUUGUGUUACUUUUGCCAUACUCGGUGCCAUUUAGCUUUUAUUCUUCUUUCAAAUACGUUUUGUCUGCAUAGAUAAAUGCGUGUAUGAAACUGUUACAAACUUUAUAUUGUUGUGUCCAGGAUCCAUUAUAUUUUAAACCAGAAGCAUAUUAUAUUUUACACAUGUACUUAUUUUGAAUAAAAGAAUUCGUUAAGAA